GAGUCAAGGUUCCAACAGGGGACCGUAAAGUGGUGCACCAGGGGCGCUUCCGGCUCACUUGUAAACGCAUGACAGCGUGCUGGCUGUUCAGUGCCUGCACACUCACAAACUGAGCUGUACUUUUCAUAUCAUAUAAUAUCUGUCAGUCUGGUGUAAACAUGAAGCUGCUGACGCACAACAUGUUGACGUCUCACGUGAAAGGAGUGACCAAAGGCUACCCGCUGCUCAUCAAGGCCACUGAGGUGAAAGUCAACGAGGUGGAGUUCAACCCCGAGUUUGUCAGCCGAAUGAUCCCCAAGCUGGAGUGGAGCGCCCUGGUCCAGGCUGCUGAGGGGCUGGGUCACCUGCACGAACUGCCCGCUGAGCUGACGCCAGACUACGAGAAGAACGAAGAGUUCCUGAAGAAAGCGCACCGGGUGCUGCUGGAGGUGGAGGUUAUUGAGGGGUGUCUGCAGUGUCCUGAGUCAGGACGUGAGUUCCCCAUCUCCAGAGGGAUUCCCAACAUGCUGCUGAAUGAAGACGAGGUGUAACUGGGAGCUCAGAGAGUGGUUGUGUGUAUAACGGCCUCUUAUCUGUGUAAAUACACCAAGUUGAUCUUAUAAUAUGGUAUAACCAGUUCUUAGGCCUGUCGGACAGAUGGGAUGGUGGGUAUUCAGAGAGACGAGAGACUGGACUCUGGACGUGCAUACCAUUAAAAGGUGCCACACUGUUGAGCUGAUUGUAGUUCUGGCAGCUGAGGUUUCUCACUGGCUCCUGCUGCCUCUGGAGGAAAGAGAUAAUGAAGCAUAAUGGAUGGAAAUGUUCCCUGAGAUGAACCCAUUUCCAAGAGGUGGUUUUAUCUCUUAUUUAUUUUUGUAAAUGUUUCCGGUUCUUUCUUUUUUUCAAUAAAAGUCUGUCCUGGUUUUGCAUGACA